AUGGCCGACGCUCUGCUCCUUCAUCCUGGCAUCAGCGGUCAGUACCCCCUGGUCCAGAACGUGACCGUUACAGAGGGCGGGACGGCGAACAUGACCUGCCGCGUCGAGUACAAUGACCACACCUCCCUCCAGUGGUCAAACCCGGCACAGCAGACCCUCUUCUUUGGGGACAAGAAAGCGUUGAGAGACAACAGGAUUGAGCUGGUUUGUGCGACGUGGUCGGAGCUGACCAUCAGUAUCAGUGAUGUCACGCUGACCGACGAAGGCAUGUACACCUGUUCUCUCUUCACCAUGCCCGUCAGAACGGCCAAAGCCUACCUGACGGUCCUAGGAGUGCCAGAGAAGCCAGAGAUUGAUGGCUUAACAAAGCCUGCCUUGGAGGGAGACCAAAUCACUCUGACCUGUGUCACCCAGGGCAGCAAGCCGGCCGCAGACCUGCGCUGGUUCAGGAACGAGAAAGAGGUUAAAGGUGUCAAGGAGGUUAAUGCAAGCGGGAGGACAUUUACAGUGCGCAGCUCUCUGCAGCUGCACGUGGACAGGAAUGAUGAUGGAGUGGCCUACACCUGCAGGGUGGACCAUGUGGCGCUCGCGCACGCACCACGGCAAGCCACCGAAAUACUGGAGGUCCACUAUGCCCCUCAUGUGGAGAUCGUCCACUCCUUGGCAGUCCCUCAAGAGGGUCAGUACCUGAAGCUGGAGUGCGUGUCCAAAGGAAACCCCUCGCCGGACCCUGUGAUGUGGACGAAGGACGGCACCGAGCUGCCCGACCUGGACCGGAUGGUCGUGGAGGGGCGGGAGCUCACCUUCACCUCGCUCAACAAGACGGACAACGGCACCUACCGCUGCGAGGCCACCAACCACCUGGGCACCAGCAGCGCCGAGUACGUGCUCUACGUCUACGGCGCCCCCACCACCCUGCCUCCAUCUACCACUCCCCCCACCCAUCCCACUCCUCCAGAUACUACUGCACUCUUAGACACCCACGCUUCAGACCCAACAGUCACUGGCGACGGAGGUACGAACCGAUGCGCGGGGCCCAGCGUGGGCUGCGUGGGGCCCAGCGUGGGCUGCGUGGGGCCCAGCGUGGGCUGCGUGGGGCCCAGCGUGGGCUGCGUGGGGCCCAGCGUGGGCUGCGUGGGGCCCAGCGUGGGCUGCGUGGGGCCCAGCGUGGGCUGCGUGGGGCCCAGCGUGGGCUGCGCGGGGCCCAGCGUGGGCUGCGCGGGGCCCAGCGUGGGCUGCGCAGGGGCCCAGCGUGGGCUGCGCGGGGCCGCGCGGGGCCCAGCGUGGGCUGCGCGGGGCCCAGCGUGGGCUGCGCGGGGCCCAGCGUGGGCUGCGCGGGGCCCAGCGUGGGCUGCGCGGGGCCGCGCGGGGCCCAGCGUGGGCUGCGCGGGGCCCAGCGUGGGCUGCGCGGGGCCCAGCGUGGGCUGCGCGGGGCCCAGCGUGGGCUGCGCGGGGCCCAGCACGUUUUCUCAUCCCAUCGCGUCUAAUGUGGACGUUUUCGACAAGGUGUGUGUGUAUCACACGGCGGGUCCCCCUGCAGAGAGCAGCUGCGAGUGUUCGAUAGACGCCAAUGUGGGCCUUUCGGCCUCAUUUCUGGUGAAUUACACACAGGGAACCUACUUGACAAACGAGGCCAAAGGAGCAGACGACGCACCCGACGCAGACACGGCCAUCAUCAACGCCGAGGGAAACCACGCGCACGCAGAGGAAAAGAAAGAAUACUUCAUUUAGACUGCAGGGGGCGCUGUG